AUGGCUGCUGGCAUCUCGCGUCAAGAUGCCCAGGCGCAUAUACAACGUAUUCAAGAAAAGUAUAGUCUUUCCGGGCACGACGAGCUGGCUGAUCUUAUUGACAAUUCUCUCAACAUUCUUGCCAACGAAUUGUAUGACGUAUCGACUCACUUCAUCCAGGAACUUCUACAAAAUGCCGACGACAAUGACUAUGCGUGUGAAGCACCGACAAUCAAGUUCACCUACAAGCAUGGUUUCCUUCGGGUCGAUUGUAAUGAGGUUGGUUUCACCCCGGCCAACGUCGACGCUAUUUGUGCCAUCCGCAAAAGCACUAAAAUAGGCACCGACACGUCUGCUUGUUACACCGGAGAAAAGGGCAUCGGCUUCAAAAGCGUGUUCCGUAUAGCUGAUGUUGUAUGGAUCUCAACUGGAAAUUAUAUUUUCAAGUUUGAUAAAAGCAGACGAUUCGGCAUGGUGAGCCCCGAAUGGGCCGAGUUUCCACAACAACACGAUGGAAGCUGCACAUCAUUCCUGCUUCAACUAUCGUCAGAUUGCGACCAGGAUGAACUAGUAGACGUACUGACCAAGUUCGACCCUGUCCAACUAAUCUUCCUCAGACAACUCCGACAUGUCGAUAUUGAGUUGAUUUAUCCGGACGGGCAAGUAUUAACAAGUGGCAUUCACCGUACCGAUCAAAGAAUUGGAGACGGUGUCAUGACUAUGCUCGAGUUUGGCAAAUCAAGAAGACACUACUUAGUUUGGAGCCAUAAGGUCUUUCCCAUGCCCCCCGAGGCCAAGAGGCCAGUCAAGGGACUGACGCAACGUGCCUCGGAUCUCGUCCUGGCAUUUCCCAUCGGCGAUGAGAGUACAGAAUUACGAUUGGAAGAGCACAAUGUCUACGCUGGACUACCAAUUGGGCAUCUCCCUGGGAUAACGUUUUUAAUACAAGGAGAUUUCUUGCUCGCUGCGAGUCGGCUUCACAUCGAUACUUCACGACAAUGGAACCGUGCGCUCCGGGAUGGCUUAGCUGAUGCAUUCGUUGGUGCUAUAGAGUAUUUGAAAACUACUCGAUUAAAAUAUCUCUGGCCACUAUUUGUCCCGUUCCAAAACGAAGAUACCGGUUUUUUCAAGUCUGCCUUUAAAGCUACCCUCGUUCGACUAAAAAAGAUGGAGCUGCUGGAAUCACGUAAAGGUUCAAUCUGCAAGCCUUCACGUCUGUUUCUUGUUGACCGUGAGGAUUUUCUUGACAUUGGUGGAGUCCCCUUCACCGACAACCCCCAAAAUGCCCAUCAUUACUUGUCGGACCAAUAUACUCCCGACUCCUUCGAAGCAAUGAAAGCUUUGGGCGUCAAAAGUUUAUGUGAAAAGGUUGCUUUAAAGCACUUCAAAGCUAUGGUUACUCAUGACCCAGGGACAUUCAACAGUUGUCCACCCGAGUGGCACGAGAGCAUUGCGAAGGCUUUGUCAUUAUUGGCACGCGAUCCCCAGCUGCAGAAAGAGCUUACCAAACUUCCCAUUAUUCCAAUUGUCGGCGGGAAUUGGGUUACAGCACUCGAUAGACCAAGACCUUUCAUGAUAUCAGAAAGAAUGAAGCUCGAAGACCUGCCAAUAACUGAUGCCGUCCCCACGGUUGACCCCAUAGCAUCUGCCUCACAAGGCCGGUGUGAGCUAUUUCGACUACUUGGAGUUCGACAAUUGGAAGGCUCUGAGCUAUUUGAUUACAUUUGCCGACGGCACUCAUCUCCCUUUUUUCGCCCUGAAGAGUGGAGUGUAAGCCAGCUGAUUGCUCACGCCAAGCUGCUGUACAUGACCUCCUGGGCACCAUCAACGGAUCGUAAGAUAGACUUGUGGCUAGCAUCGGCUUGCGGCGGAAGAUACAAAGGCUCGGAACUCUAUCUUCACAAGGUGUCGGGCCAGAAUACCCCCCAGGCAAGGCUGGCCCAUCUGCUGAAGACGCACUCCUUUCCCGAAAUUCACCCCGACUAUUACAGGCAAUAUUCAGAUCCGAGGGGGUCCGGUCCUGGCUUUGAACGCUUUCUGACGUCUCAAUUACAAGUUUCGACUUGUUUAAGGCUGGUUUCUGGCCAACAAGUCUCCCCAGAGCUCAGAUGCGCACUGACACACAACGCUGCCGACCUAAUCAACAUGCUUCUUACGAAGUGGCGUUUAUAUAGUCAACUCCUUGAAAAAGACCUUCUUCAGGAAGAAUCCGCAGAAUUAAUUGAACUGAGAGAAAAGAUUAUCAUGGCUAUCGGUGAAGCCCAGGUUUCAACCCCGAUGGGCCUCCGCCGUGUGGAUCAAACGUUUCUUGGUGUUAUGGAUGAACUCCUCGAGCCGGAUCUUAUCCCCAAGUUCCCUCUUGACCGAAAGGUGACUCAAGGUACCCUCUAUAGAUUGAGUCUGCUUGGCGUUACUGUCAAGCCUGCUGUCACACUAUACCUUUCGGCACUGAAUUCCCUCCAAAAACAACACAGGCCUUCUCGCAAUGCCAUCUCCCAUAUUUACGAGCAAAUCCAAAAUAAAUAUGAAGAUGAUGAUAAAAUGAAUGUGAAGCAAGAAGAAUCCGAAUGGCAAUGGAUGAGUAUAUCUGAUUGCGCAAAGCAGAAUACAAAUCUAGAAAGCAUCUAUCCCCGGAGCAAAUACCUUUUCCGCCGUCUGUUAACAAACCAUGAAUCUCCACUUCACGAACUGAUUGCGAAGAUUGUUAAAUGUGGAAAAUCGGCAACUACUCAUCGUGAUGUUGCUGAGUAUUUCGACAAGCUUGAUGACAUCCUCUCAUUAAUGAGCACACGUCAGGCUGUUCGGUCGGUGAAACCCUUGAUGUCGAAAGCAGUCUUCCCAGUUCUAGAACCAAACGGAACCAAGGCCUGUCGGCCGAAGAUGGUCUCAGUCAAGGACAGCAACUGGUUUAUUGCGGACAGGCCGCAGCUACGAAAAAGCUUCUUGGGUAAAGUCCCACUCCUCGAUCUUAACCCCGACCAAAUAGAGCUUGUGCCCAGUUUACUCGAAACAUUCAAUCUCAAUUCAAGAAAGCUAUCUGAAUUGGUAAAAUCCGAUAUGCGGCCUAGGGGAUGGCUGGAAUUUGAUGUCUCGUUGACUAUGUUCUUCCGGGACCGCUAUAAUUUCAUCUUUGACCUUAUCCCUCCGCAGAAUUGGGGGAGUCUUUCGAAGCAAAUGAAAGAAGUCACUGUCAUCAAUGUGGUCGAGAUAUCAGAGAACUUCAUGUUGAAAAAUGGAGAUGAUGAAGUCCGCGGGCGUUCAGUUAAGUCACUCGCAAUGUCUUCAGCAGCCGGAAACAAUCUCCAAAUAUUUAUCGCAGGUGGACAGUUUCCAAUCCCCGAGAUAGUUCAACUAAUCUCGAAUCACUGUGGUAUUGAGGAGCCAUCACAUUUAUGUCUUUUGUAUACACUUUUCAGCCAGCCAAAUCAAGAGAGGAUCGAAGAAGCAUUCUCAAAAGCAGGAUAUGACACGCACUUUGAAAUAGAUUCAAUGAGAAUUAAUCCAGCAGCUCGAUACUGGGGGAAAACAGGCGGUCUCAUUACUGUGCCGAGUCCGUACGAUUACGAUAGCUUUUCAGACUCGGACUCAAGUAUCGACUCGAACGGUCAGGGGCCAAGGUUUGGAGUUAAGUAUAAGCCAUCCAGGGAGCGUCACAAAAUAUACAAGAAGAAGCGUACCCGCGACCGGAGAUUGCCAAUAAUGCGGUACGUAGGUCGCCCUGAUUAUACGCAUGUUGUGGAAUCCCUCCACGAUGAGACAUUGGAGUGUCUUGGUCAGCUUUUGCUAUCCAGAUAUUUUGAGAGGAAUCUAGGAGAAGCUUAUUCGCCCGAUAAACAUUGGACGAGUUCACUCCGUACCCGCAGCGGGUUUGACUCUUUCAAGGCAACUGAAGGUGUCGAAGACCAUUCCCCUUUCACAUUUCGUGACGUUGGCAUUUCCAGGGUGGCAUCGGACUUCAUGGUAAAGAAUAAUGUCUCCGCGGCUCGACGUUGGCGUAAUAAGACCCCAAGCUUCCAUUUUGAGCUUGCAAUCUCAGUUGGCGGCACCAGUGAACCAUUCCUAUGGACAUCGAAGCAGCUAGAUAGGUCUAGACAAGUGUAUUCGCGAACUAUCGAGGCGGAUGAUGAGCCUAGCGACGUUCUAAUCAUGGUCAGGAUUAGCAACAUCUAUACGCACCCAACAUAUCAGUUUUUUCUGGACCCCUGGAAAAUGAUCUGGUCUGAACAUAUGAGAAUCAUGCAAGGAACUGUAUUCGAGGCUGUGAUCCAAGUUCACGGCAACGGCACCAGCAAUUUACAGAAACAACUGAUAAAUAAUUCAGCCUGCUCGUCGACUCAGAAUCCGGAACUCGCUUCCUCGGCCUUGGCUCAAACACACCAGAUGAAGUAUACAGUACGGAAAGAACUCCAAGACUUUCAAGGGGCUACUUCCUAUACUAGCCGGAUUGAACCCUCGCACGGAUUUCGGUCCAUCCCCAUGACUGACAUUAGCUGGGAAGAUCAGGCCCCAUAUGCCUAUCGUGAGCUCGAAUCUGGGCACAUCCGCCUCUUCUGUUUAUUUCCAGGAGAAAAGGCCGAUGAAAUACGCGGAAUGAUCCUAGUCAUGCCUUUUCAGGAGGCAAUUUCUUACUACGCCGUAUCAUACGUAUGGGGAGACCCCGAGCAGCGACGAUUUAAGAUCUACACCCCAGAUGGAGUCCUGCGAGUACAGAAGUCAAUCCACCAAGUACUCAAAAGGCUUCGAAAUCCAUCCGAGUCGGUUAUACUCUGGGCUGAUGCCAUAUGUAUCAAUCAACAAAACAACCAAGAGAAAGCCAAUCAACUCCAGCUCCUUCCUCGAAUUUUCCAGAAUUCUGAGAGUACUCUGGCCGUCAUAGGACAAGACAUAGAAAAUGAGAGUGCUAUUGAAAAGCUCACUGAAUUUAGUAAACGGCGAAAGGCUUCCAGAAAAAUCACUCAAGAUUCGCGAGAAGAGCCUCCAAAUUACUUCAGCUUAUGGGAGGACUGCGACCUACAACAAAAUGAUGAGUACGAGUCCAUUAUGCGACAUGUAUCUACUAUAUUCAGUCACCCGUGGUUUGAGAGAGCAUGGAUAGUACAGGAAGCUGUUGCCUCGGCCCGUGUUACAUUGAUCUGCGGCAAAUAUGCCGUUGAUUGGGGUGAUCUAUACGAAGCCACCCUCAAUCUCAGCCGCCAGAUGACAUGGCUAGAGGCAGAUUCUCCUCCUUCUUGGCUUUCUUUCCAUACACUCAGCGAACUGCGUGUUUGGGAAUCGCGCGGACAAAGGUGGUCGAUCCUGCUCCUGCUUGAAACGUUUCGCAAGGUUAAAUCAACCCUCGCUCGUGAUCGAUUCUUUUCGCUGCUGGGAAUUGCUUGCGACGGUAACCUUGACGGAUUCGAACCAGACUAUGAUGUUCCUCUGGAAUGUGUCGUCCGAAAAUUCGCACGGUGUCUUGUGACUCAAGGCAUGGGUAUGAUGCUGCUUUAUCGCGCCGGUCUAAGUACCCAGCUUAAUCGCUUCCCAUCAUGGAUUCCCGAUUGGACAAAACCAAAAGCCCCAAGCUUAUCUACCUCUCUUUCCCGCGGAACCGUCUUCAACGCGUGUGGAAACACCGAAACCGAUAUCAAGUGCCCCUGUGAUGACGAAGCCACUUCGGAUGAGCUGCGGGCAGCGGGGUAUCUUGUUGACAGGAUUCAGUGCAUCAGCAAGUCUCGGAACGUCCAGAGUCAAUUUAAGGCCUACUUUGACGAGAUUGAUGAAAUGACAACUUCGCCAGAGUUGAGGUACUCUGCCCCCAUUGCUGGAGCAAAGCAUGCCCAAGUCGCAGUGGCGGAGGCUCUUGACCUCAAGGAGUCAUACAAAGCGUUCCGUAAAAUCUGCAAGAAACAAAAAUGGACCAAUAAGUAUAAUAGCUCAAGUUCCAAAACAUCCCCUCAAAUCGGUUCGUCAAAUGAAGAGAUGGGGCUAGUUACAAAGAGCAAGAGUUACCUGUCUUUGCUCGGUGGUACGAUUGAAGGUUGGAGGUUCAUGACGACUGAGGCAGGGCGCUGUGGAAUCACGAUACCAGAUACUAAAGUCGGGGAUAUCAUUGUCAUUGUAGCUGGUGGCGAGGUACCAUUUGUGCUCCGUAAGAGCCAAGAGAGGGAGGGUUUGUAUCGGCUACUGGGCGAAUGUUACGUCUCAGAUAUCAUGUAUGGGGAGGUCUUUGAAACUGGCCAGCCAGAGAAGGAACUUUUUACCAUAUACUGA